AUGAAACAUCUAUUUUCCAAAAACCACCAAGUACUGCAUGAAGAAGCUGGUUACUUAUUUUCGACAAUCACACAUCAAACAGAAAAUGUGUUGUCUAAAGAUAUAAUUGAAAACAUAAUCGCAGAUGGUGGGUUAAAAGGAUAUUCUAAAAAACAAGAUGGACAACUACCUGGCAAUGACUUGCAUCAAUUCGGAGAUGUGAAAAUCCUUGAACAAAACCCUGAAAUUUAUUUAGGAAUAGAGUUUUUUAAAGACGUUGAAGAACAUAUCAAAGUAGUUCAACCAGUUAAAGAGACAAUAAUUGCUUUGGAGUUUAGGAUCAUGUCAUUGACAGAUUGUUUCAUUCAAUUAACAAAAUUCAGCAUGGCCAGACAGGAAAAGGUCUUAAAACUUGAUAUUUUUAGACAAAUAUGCCAUACAACAAUUAGUUUUUGGGUCGAGGUUGCUGAUGAUUAUUUUCUGUCUUAG